GCGUUGUCCGACCUGGCUACGCUGCUUGCCAGCGCGCAACAGGUUGCGGCUCGUGUGUGCUGCGCCGGUGCGUACCAACGUUACUAGAUUACGGUGGUGCGUACCGUAGGUUGCCGUGUGGCUGAGGUCGUUGAUACGUCUCGUGCGUUUGUCCGGCUCAUCACCGCAGACAGUCUUCGUUGGUGCGUUUAGAAGUUCCCGCCGUUCAAGAUAAGAUAAGCAGACGGUGACAUGCUGUCUGCGGCCACCAAACAAGUUGCAGCUAGGCAUGCUGCUGGUAUGGUGCGUGCCUCUAGCGGAUGGGCAGCCACGCAGGCUCUCCUGCAGGAGCAGCUGGCGGGCAUCCGCGAAGCCGGCACAUACAAGACUGAGCGGGUGCUCACCUCCCGCCAGGCAGCAUCUGUGCGUGUGGCAGGGUGGGACAUGCCCGUGCUCAACUUGUGCGCCAACAACUACCUCGGACUCUCGAGUCACCCGGAUGUGAUCGAGGCUGGCAAGAAGGCCCUGGACACUCAUGGUGCAGGGCUGAGCUCAGUGCGCUUCAUCUGUGGAACACAGGACAUCCACAAGGACCUGGAACAGAAGAUUUCACGCUUCCACGGCCGGGAGGAUGCCAUCUUGUAUGCCAGCUGCUUUGAUGCCAAUGCAGGCAUCUUCGAGGUUCUUUUGAGCCCAGAGGAUGCGGUGCUGUCGGACGAGCUGAACCAUGCCUCUAUCAUUGAUGGAAUCCGGCUUUGCAAGGCACAAAAGUACCGCUUCAAGCACCGAGACAUGAAUGACCUGGAGGAGAAACUGCAGGACGCUGUUGGAAAGAGUCGCCAGAGGCUCAUAGUCACCGAUGGAGUCUUCAGCAUGGAUGGCAAUGUGGCGCCUCUGAGGGACAUUUGUGACCUCGCCGACCGAUACAAUGCCAUGGUGUUUGUGGACGAGUGCCAUGCUACGGGUUUCUUUGGCAACACUGGCAGGGGCACCGAGGAGUACUUUGGUAUCUCUGGCCGUGUGGACAUCAUCAACUCCACCCUGGGCAAGGCACUAGGAGGUGCUGCAGGGGGCUACACCACAUGUCGCCGGGAACUGGUGGACCUUCUGCGGCAGCGCUCACGGCCCUACCUCUUCUCCAACUCCCUGCCCCCACCCGUGGUGGCAUGUGCCUCAAAGGUGUUGGACAUCCUGCUGGCCAGUCCUGAGCUGGCACAGAAGGUAGCCGGACUGACACAGCGCUUCCGUUCACGCAUGACUGCUGCUGGCUUCCAAAUCUCUGGUGACGACCACCCCAUCUGCCCUGUGAUGCUUGGAGAUGCACGUGUGGCUGCUGAUUUUGCUGAUGGCAUGCUGGAGCAAGGCGUGUAUGUGAUUGGCUUCAGUUAUCCAGUGGUACCAAAAGAUGACGCAAACAACCGAGCCGCUGUGUGGUCCCCUGUGGAACUGGCAAGGCACGCAUUCGAGUGCAGAUCUCAGCGGCACAUUCCAUGGAGGACAUAGACCAUACUGUGGAUGCUUUCAUCACAGUGGGCAAGAAGUUUGGAGUGGUUUCGUAGCGUGAAAACCUUCACCACAGUGCAGAGCCUGUCACAAGAAACAUUGACUCACAUGAAUGUUCUUCAGUAGUUUACAUGUAAUAUUGUUUGCCAAAGGCUAUGUGUGUGGUUCAGUGGCUGAGAUUACUGAAAAUGGCCUUCCAACUUAAAAGGACUGACAACCAUUUGGAACCUGCCUUCACAUGGUGCCAAUGCAAAGAUCAUACCUGUGAUCAUGCUUUGCAAUGAUAAGAAAAGUUGCAUCAUUUAUUUCUCUUCAAAAGGGGCCCUACAACGUUAUUUUGAUUGCCAAGUGUUGCACCACAAUGACAAUGUUUACCUUGUAUGGUCUAAGAGUGGAUGCAAAAGGAAUUACACAAAUUGACUCUGGUAAACGAGAAUUAGCUUACAAAAUCAAAAUAAAAGCAGACGAAAGAAAUGGCA